UCUUCUUCCUCUUCUCUCUCUUUUUCUUUCUCUUCCUCUUUCCCUCGUUUUCUGCUCUCUUUCUCUCUCCCGCUUUUUUCAUUUUCCGACUCGCCAAACGAUCAGAUCUCCGCCAUUCCCUCUUCCGAUUCCCCCAAAUUCCCGCCCCCAACCCUCCGACCCCCUCCGCCGCCGAUCGCCGCCCGGCGCAUGUCGGCCUCGCGCGCUCCCCCCGCCGGCGCCGGCGCCUCUAAACCGCCGGACCAGAUCAUGCACUCCAUGAAACGCCAACUCCCGUUCUCCUCUAUGAAACCUCCCUUCGUCGCCGCCGGAGACUACCACCGCUUUGCCCCCGACCAACGCCAUGACGCCGCCGAAGCCAUCGUCGUCAAGACUCCCCAACUGAAGCGGAAGAGUGAAGCGGCUGAUUUUGAAGCUGAUUCCGGUGAUAGGAUGACUCCUGGAUUCACUGAAGCAGCUAAUAGUCCUUUUCAGACACCUGUAUCAGGAAAGACGGGGAAGGGAGGCAAAUCCUUUAGGCUGACAAAGGGCAACAGACUUGGAACUCAGACCCCAGGCUCAAAUAUUGGUUCUCCUUCAGGCAAUAAUCUCACUCCUGCUGGUCCAUGUCGUUAUGACAGCUCUUUAGGUCUGUUGACAAAGAAGUUCAUCAAUUUGAUCAAACAAGCUGAGGAUGGUAUCCUUGAUCUGAAUAAAGCUGCUGACACAUUAGAGGUGCAAAAGAGGAGGAUAUAUGAUAUAACAAAUGUUCUUGAAGGGAUUGGACUUAUAGAAAAGAAACUCAAGAACCGAAUUCAAUGGAAGGGACUGGAUGUUUCAAGACCGGGUGAGGCUGAUGAUAGUUUUCCUAGUUUACAGGCAGAAGUUGAAAAUUUAACAAUGAAGGAGCGCCAGUUAGAUGAACAAAUAAGGGAGAUGCAAGAAAGACUGCGAGAUCUUAGUGAAGAUGAAAAUAAUGACAAGUUGCUUUUUGUUACUGAGGAGGAUAUAAAGAAUUUGCCCUGCUUCCAGAAUGAAACCUUAAUAGCUAUUAAAGCUCCUCAUGGAACCACAUUGGAGGUCCCUGAUCCUGACGAGGCUGUUGAUUAUCCGCAGAGGAGAUACAGGAUAGUCCUCAGAAGCACAAUGGGCCCAAUAGAUCUUUACCUUGUUAGUCAAUUUGAAGAAAAGUUUGAAGAGAUUAAUGGUGUUGAUGUUGCACCCAAACUUCCAUCCAGUCCAGAUGGUACUAAACAUCAAUCAACAGUGGUCCCGGAGGAUAGAGGGAAGGACAUAGAAGUGCAGGGACAAGAAGCUCCUGGGCCUAGUUCAGAUUUUACUACCUCCCAGGAUUUUGUGAGUGGGAUCAUGAAGAUUGUUCCUUCUGAUGUUGCUAGUGAAGCUGAUUAUUGGCUUUUAUCAGAUGCCGACGUUAGUAUAACUGACAUGUGGAGAACAGAACCUGGAGUUGAAUGGAAUGAACUGGAACCACUCCAAGAAGAUUAUUGCAUGACUCGCGAGAACACUGCGACCCCAAGUCAUCCUUCAAAUGUAGAUGAAGUGUCUUCUGCACCUAAAUCUACUGGAGGUUGAAGCUUCCAAAGGAUGCAUUGUGAAUACAAAAUUGAACGUGGUGUUCCUUUUCCUGCUGAGAACCUAUGACAUCCAGCCAUCUCCCUUUCAUAUCCUCUCUACAUGGUGCCAGAGGUUGGAUUGAAGGUUCCAUGAAGAUGCUUUCUCAUGUUUCUCCAUGAAGUUCGAUCGAGGAACUGAGUGGCCAAUCAACUGGCUCAUUGUACUGUAAAUAUUACAUUACCUCUAAGCGACCUUAGUUCAAGAUAAAAGUCUUGCUGCUUUGCUGAACCAUCUUUGUAUAUUACAUAACCCUAAGUCUUGGUUUUCUAGUGUACUUAGCUCGAUGUCUUGUGUUUGGCAAGCAUUAAUAAAAACACUUAGGCAUGCAAAUUGAAAGAGUUAUGCACCCAGGCAAUGUUAUCACCUGUAACUAUUCAUCCAUUUCAAUAGUUGCAAUGCUUGCAAUGUUGGUGAAAUGACAAAUUUCAUCUGUGAUCA